ACCUGUGGCAAACUCCAAACAUCUUUCAUUCAUUCAUCGUCAUAUUUUUCUUGUGUAUUGGGUUGUUUUUGUGUCGCUAAUCUCAAUUAAACAUAGUUGGAAUAGCAAUUAUGUCCCAGUCUAACAGCAGUUAUUGAAUUCACUGGAAACAACUGUACAUAGUUAUGUGAAAACGUGAACUUUAAUCGGGCCGACCUUGUAUAAAUGAACAUACGUAUUUUGGUUGGCAUGUGAAACAAAAAGUGAAUUCUUGUGUUUAUCGAGAGGUCGGAGUGGUUAACUAUUAGUGCUAUAAGUUAUAGACCUUGAUGGAUAUCGCGAAGGACUAAUUCGUCAGUAUUAUGUAUACAUUUGCGUGUGGUAAAGACCACCUGGAGAUCAGGCUUGUGUCAGAAGUAUGUUCACGACGACAGGGAUGGUAGCAGCACCACAGCAGGCGACGGGUCAGGUCGCGCAGAAUGGGAGCACGACGUUGCCUCGCUCGCAUCAUCAGAGGACAGGGAGGCCACCUGCAGCCCCCAAGUCUUACGACUAUCUUCUAAAAGUGCUCCUGGUGGGGGACUCCGAUGUGGGCAAGCAGGAAAUACUACAAGACCUAGAGGAUGGCUCUGCAGAUUCUCCGUUUUGUAGUGGCAGUGCAUACAAAACAACAACUAUCCUUCUUGAUGGCAAGCGAGUGAAGCUACAGCUAUGGGACACGUCGGGACAGGGCCGGUUCUGCACGAUCAUCCGGUCCUACUCCCGCGGUGCGCAGGGCAUCCUUCUCGUGUACGACAUCACCAACAAGUGGUCCUUCGACAGUAUUGACCGGUGGCUGGAGGAAGUGGAGAGGCACGCGCCUGGCGUGCCGAAAGUGCUAGUCGGCAACCGCCUACAUCUGGCGUUCAAGCGGCAAGUGCAGGAGCGCGACGCAGAGAUGUACGCCGCCAAGAAUCACAUGGCGUUCUUCGAAGUGAGCCCGCUGUGCGACUUCAAUAUUCGAGAGAGCUUCUGCGAGCUGUCGCGGAUGGCGCUGCACAGGAACGGUAUGGAGCGACUCUGGAGGAGCAAUAAAGUGCUAAGCCUCCAGGAGCUGUGCUGCCGCGCCAUCGUGGCGCGCACGUCCGUGUACGGGCUGGAGCGGCUGCCGCUGCCCACGGCGCUCAAGUCCCACCUCAAGUCCUACGCCAUCUCGGCCGCGCCCAGCCGCCUCCGCGCCCGGGCCUCCAAGCACAGCCACCAGCGGCUCAACUGCACCGGCAGGAACUCCUGCUCCAUCGUCUGAGGGUCACUAUUAGGUUUAGCGGCAGCUCCGGUUUACCCCGACCUCUUAGCGACCUUACCCCCGUUUCACAACUGAUUCCCUGUACAUACCACGAUCUUGACACUGACAUAUUCGCUAGCGUGGGCGUAACUUACUUUUUAUGCAUCUCGCUUGUACUGGCAUAUUAGUGCGAACGAAAUGUAUAGAAAGCAAGUUACGCAGACAACGAUAUGUCAGUGUCAAACUCGUGGUAGCCGUACUGGUCUAACAAGUAAAUAUUUAUUGACGCCACUUACUAACCCAGAAAUGAACAGAAAUUUGUCAGCGUGAUAAAGUAGGCGCCUGAGAGUAACUUAGGCCCAAUGUAAAAUAUAAAUUAAUCAUAUUUUUUGUCUGUGCGGCGUAGCCAGAUCGUAGAGAGAAGUUAUUGUAGUUUAAGGUCAAUGUGGAGAAGACGGGCUUUUACAAUUUAUUGCUGAGAAGAGAAGACCAUAGGGCAAGAAGUGCAAGAACUCUCGUAUUUGUAUACGUGUGUCGCUCAGACAUAGUCAUAAAGGAAGAGCUUCCCUCCUGUUGCUCUAUCGGCCUUCUGUAGGCCGAGCACAUGAUUGACGCGACAGUAUCUCGCCGCGACAUAGACUACCCGUCUUUUACUAACUGUAUGAAUUAAAGGGCGACGGGUAGUCUAUGUCGCGGCGAGAUACACUCGCGCCAAUCAUGUGCUAGCCCGGCAGUAUGUGUACAAACGCAAGAGUUAAAAGCGACGAAAGAGCUUGUAGACGAUCUUCUCCACAUUGACCUUAAAUAGUCGUAUUUUUUGAAAAACGAUAGUUGUAAAAUUAUAUUCUACUUGGCAUUAUCAGAGUGCAAUGUUAACGCAUUCACUGGCAGCUACGCUGUAUGUUUUUUCCGCUUUGUAGCGAAAAGCACCUACGAACCGAGAACCCGCCGAGCGGUUUGCUGGCAGUGAAUGUAUUAACUUGUUUUGAAAACCAGGCACUAGAACAAACAUUUAUAAAACGGUUUUUUUUUGUUUCGUAUACGAAUGAUGUGCAUAGUUGCUUUAUAGCAUCACGUGCGUCUCGUGUGUAUAAACGUUUGUCUUGAUUGUCGUAUUUCUACAUACUCCAAAUAACAUACCAUCUUGUGACUGCAUUACAUAAAGUGCAAGAUUUUGUCAUUAUUGAAUCCCUGCAUUGUUGACGAAAUAAAAAGAUCUUCAGGUUAUUAUGCAUGCAGAAUAACCUCCUUAUAGUUUAUUGAAAGUUGGUCUGUGUUGUUAUUUUUUAAUAAAGUUGAAUGUAAAGCCAUUUGUUAUAAUUAUUAUAUUUGACUGUUUCUUUCCAUUCAUUGGUAAUGCUAAGAGGUUGAGGUUGUAGCUUUAGUUGAAGGAAUAUAAAAAAAAAUCACUAUAAUAAUUAUUGUUAUCUCAGUGUGAAGCCACGAUUAGGACACAUUUUUCCUGUAUCACUCAUAGGAAAGAUAUCGAAAUGCUCGUCAAAAAUAUCAUAUUUUUAAAUAAAAAAUUCCUAACUGCCAACAAUUUAAUAUUAAAGGUUUAUUAUUAAUAAAUAACGUAAAUGUAAACAUCACAGUAAUUAUCGUUCCGAAUGUAUUUGAUAGUAUUAACGCCCUUCAAUAGAAUAGUCGAUGAUCCUAACACAAAAUACAGGCUGUACUGACAACGGAUUUGUGACUAGUUUUAGACUAGAUUAAGGUAUUGUUACUUAAAAGAUCAUAAUGUGAAUAUGUAUAGGUAACGUUAUUAUAGAUAUAUGUGAAUAUAUUGCACGCAACUGUUCUGAUACCUCCCGCGGAAGCAUGGACUCGCCUCUCUUAGACUUAGAUAGUUCAGUUGAUGAUAUGUUGGAUCCAGUGCCAUCAAUUGUCCAUAUUAACAACAUUUUCACAAUUAACUUCCUAUGAUUAAAAAUAUACCGACCAACAUUAACACUGUCCUGAUUGGCAUCACCAAAGCUCAACCUGAGUGUGCAUGUACUGUUUACUACCCGAUUAAGGAGGAAGGGAGAAUAAUGGCUUAAUUGUUUCACUACGCUCGUGCAUAGUCCGUUAAAAUUGUUAAAUAACAAACGAAACCGUCAACGCCAUCUAUACGAGAGUAGGCCAAAGGUAGUGGCGCCAUCUGAUCGAGAAUCAAUUUUUAUUUAUUUUCGAGGCACGUUUUUUCCUUAGUAUCCAUCUAUUACGGAGUUAUAUCUAUCUUUGCUAGAGCGUACUAUAAUGCAUUCGUAAGUUUUACAACCGUACACAGUACCACCGUAAACACAGCAAUAUCCACAUUUUUCUCGUUCAGUCUCAUUCCGAUAUAACGGGAUUAUUUGACAUAUGUGGAGUAGCUAUACAUAUUGAAAACAAUUAAAUAGUUAUUUUAAAAUAAAGUACCUACACAAUUUGGUUAAGUUGUUACUGUCAGUAGUUGCACACAUACUAAUCGUGACAGAAAUAUUUAAACUAAAUACCUAAAUCUUAUAAAUAGCAACUGCAAGCUUACUGCAAUGUCGAAAUAAUCACGUUUCCCUACGGAUUGUCGUAUUUGCUAACUUACAUACAUUUAACUUUAUACAUAAGCUCCAUUUUCCUGAAUCAAAAAAAGAACGUAAAUUCCAACCACUAGAGUACAAUGUCCUUAUUUUUAUAACCAUAUUGUGUAUCGUCGUGGGCUGUCCUUAUAAAUAAAGUCACUUAUUGUCCACUAUUAAUAAGUAGAUUAAGGUCACAUAUUAUAUUAUGUAAAUACUUAACAAUUUGAGGAAUUCAUCGUAUACCAAAAGAUCAAUUUAAAUUCCGACAACAUAUGUCGGAUAUUUUCAGAUAACUUGUUUACCAUAAUAAUAUUAGGGUCUUAUUAUUUAGGAGGUUAAUCAAUUUGUCGCAUAAUGAAAUUAUAUUGCUAUACAUUAUCUAGAAAGCUUGUUUCCAAAAUGUUUUAAUCCCGAUAUUGUUGACAAAAAUGCAUGAAGUAUGAUUAACAGACCAUACAAUUUUGAAACAAUUCCUGUAGGUAAGUUUGUUAUUUGUUUAUUAUUUAACACUAAAGAAACUAAGGAAAAUAUUUCGUUCUUUAACAUAGUGUAUAAAUAUUUUGUGAAGCUAUAUCUAUUGCUAUUUUGGGAUCUUCAUAUUUUGGAAAUAAGCUAAAAUAUGGUUGUGUAUGUUUUAGAAUGUGACAGUGAAUAGUUUUUGCAUUUAAAUGUUUCAUAUCGAGCAUAGCACGUAGCCACGAACCCACUAAGAAGUUGGAAGUAUGUCAAUCAAUACAUUUGGUUCUCUGUCCCUAUAAAACCGAACCGUUCGUUAAUUACUAAGGCCCCCUUGCACCAUCCCACUAACCCGGGGUUAAACCGUUAACCCAGUGUCUAAUUGUACUAAUAACCAUGGUCACUCCAGGUUUAACCGGUUAACCCCGGGUUAGUGGAAUGGUGCAAGUUGGCCAAAGAAUUUACGGUGAUAAAAAGUAAUCCACCCUAUUUGAUAUUUUUAAAUCAUCAUGCAAAACAUCGGGAAACUAAUCGGGUCGAUAUCUUAGUUGGUUGGCCUAACUGUAGGCUUAGCACAGGAGCGCCGCGGCAGUAUCUUGCCAGCGAGAUAAGACUACCCGUCUUUUUCUAACUGUAUUAACUAGAGACGGACAGGUAGUCUUUCUCGCGGGUGAGAGGCUGUCGCGACAGUCCUGUGUUAAACCGGCUGGUCGCUUAUACAUCUCGCAUUCAUUUUUAUCUCUAGAGUAGUCAGUUUGUGAUUCGCUCUGCUUAGAAGCCCCAAGAAUACAUUUCAAAAUUAUUGUAACUACUUAAUACUUGUUGCAUUAAUCUCGCUACCGAAAGUUGUCCCAAGUGCAGUCAGCAAAGGGAUACAGUUUUCACAAGAGGCCGUAGUCAAUUUUGGAGCAAAAAUGUAAAAUUGAUAGAUUUAGUCGUUGAAAUUACACACGUUUUGUUACGUAAUAUCUAAAUAACAAGUAUUGGUGUCUAUUAGCACGUCUUCUCAUCUUGCCUUUUAAUAAUGAGGUCGCGAGCGUGCGUCACCGGUAAUAUAUGAAGAAAAGGGGCAGUUUUUAAAAAUUCAUCAAAAAAUUAUGGUGGUGAAUUAUACAAAUUGAUGUAUAAGAAUAGUUUCAGCAAAUGUUGUAGAUUAUUUAAGUAUCAAAAUUUCGUUGAAAUUAAGUCGAUUUUCAGAGAAAUUGUCACUUGUUUUGAAGUAAUUUCUGGAGAAAAUUUAAUUCUUUUAACUUUCAUUUCCUCGAACUCUAAGUCAUAUAACAAAAAUGUAAUCUGACAAAGGUCAAGUACAGAAUAUGUGUAAUACAAAUUUACCAUUUUUAGCGGUCCAAACUUUACGAAAUUUACAAAUAAGAGCGAAAAAAAUCAGUGCUUUACGCGUGCUUACCUAAACGUCCAUCAGACAAAAUAUCAUUACUAAUUUAGUGAGUCUGUUUUAAAAAAAAAUCUGAUAAAAGGCAAGAUAAGAAGACGUGCUAAUAGAAACUAGUACUUGUUAUUUCAAUUAGGAAACAAAAGGUGUACAAUUUCACCGACUAAAUCUAUCAAUUUUACAUUUUUGCGACUAAAAUCGACACCGGACUCUUAAAUGCGGUAAAAUAUUUUUUCAGCAAAAAGUAACCACCCAAUAUAAAAUUAAAUUUAUGUUGAAAACCAACUUUGACCAACUUUCGGUAUAUUUUGACAAAUUGUGACACGUCCAAAGCGACGAAUUUGUAAAUUAUUUUACUAAAUUAUAACUGUUGACGAAAAUAACUAACUUUUGUAAAUAUUGUUUCGACAUUAUAUAAUGAGUUAUUUUCAUUUUUCACUUGUGAUUGAUUUAGUUGAUAAACGUUAUCCAAAUACAUACACUAAUGCCAGCUUAAAGUUUGCGUUAGAAUGAUGCAGUCAUUAUCACUACUAUUGUAAGUUGUGAAAUAAAUUUAAUUUAUAAUAAUUA